AUAUGCUGCUACAAAUCCUGUGUUUGCAUUCUAACAUUGAUGAUAUUACCAUAUUUGAAGAAGAAGGAUUUAAGGGUGUCCUGUUUCAUGUUAAAGUGAAUGUCAGUGAUAUGCAAGAUGCAUUGCUGGAACUGCAUAUUUUCUUUGUAUGUAGCAUAUUCA